AUGAUGGAAGAAAUUAGUACCAGCAAUCAAGCUAAAGCCUCACUAAGUCAACUUAUUAAAUGGCAAUACCCUUGGAUAUCAGAGGCGAAAAUUGCGUCAUACGACUAUGAUCCAGUGAGUCUGCACCAGGAAAUUAUUGACUACUUCAACUAUAUGUGUCCCACUAGAGCUGAGCAUGUUAGUCGCAUUGAUCUCAUUGAACGUGUCCAAAAAGUAGUUUCAAGGACUUGGCCUAACGCUUCGUUCGAAGUUUUUGGAAGCUCCAAAACUGGAUUGUAUUUACCUACGAGUGAUAUAGAUCUUUGCGUAUCACUUGAAGACCUAGGCGAUACUCAAGCAGACACAAUUAGGGUUUUACAUAGCUUGCGAAAUGCCAUACUUUCAGACGGAAUUUGCUCUUCUGAUUUCAUAACAGUUUUGGAAGAAGCUCAAACCCCAAUUAUCAAAUGUACUGAUCGUGUGACGUUGUAUAAAAUCGACAUUGGAAUUAAUCUUCGCAACCACAGUGAGAGCGCUAAGUUUACAGCUCAGCAAAUCAGAAAAUACCCGCAGCUUCCUUAUUUGCUUUUUGUUUUGAAGCAGUUUUUGAGUCUUCGACAACUUCUUGAAGUAUACACCGGAGGUAUCAAUUCAUACAGCCUAGUGUUGAUGAUAGUUAAUAUGCUACAAUUGCAUCCACGAAAAGCUGAUUGGCAAAAUCAAGAAGUUAAUCUUGGGGUGCUUCUAAUCGAGUUUUUUGAGCUGUACGGCAAAAAUUUUAAUCACGAGCGGUGUACAAUUAAUGUCCUUGACGGUGGUUUCUACGAACCAAGAUGUUACAACGACAGCGCAAAUGUCAACUAUUCAACUUUAUCGAUACAGGAUCCCGUGGACAAAGACAAUGAUAUCGGAAAAUCGGACUUUUCAAUGGUGAAGCUCACCUUUCACCAAGCCUACCUACAAUUAUGUAGAGUAAUAUAUGACUAUAUUCCAUUCAUCCCAAAACCAGGCAAGAAACGUUUUGUUUGCUAAGUG